UGAACUGCUGAAGGUUUGGGUAAACUAUAAACAUUCGCUUUAAAUAUUUUUUCGAAUGCGAAAAACAUGCCAUAAGGAACAGAAAUUUUACUUUAUGACACAAGGACAAUAACUCUCGCUAAAGAAACGCUAACAGGCCACUGAAGAUGCUGACAUAAAUUAUGUUACACCAACCAUGCUUAGUGAAGGGGUCUCUGCAUACACAUGUUUCAUCAUGUAGGCUGCUUCUUCUAAGACACUACUCUCCCUCCCUAUCAAGAACACACUAUGAAGUUUUAGGAGUGCAAAAACAGGCCAGUGCAAAGGAAAUCAGAGCUGCUUAUAUAGAGUUGUGCAAAAAGUAUCAUCCUGAUGCAAAUCCAGGUGAUCCACAAGCUCAGCAAAAAUUUGUCCAGCUACAAGAAGCUUACAAUGUUCUCAAUGACCCUCGGGGAAGAGCUGAGUAUGACAUAAAGAUAAAUAAACAACAUUAUAGGACAACUUACAGUACACAGUACACUCGUAGUGCGGGAAAUACCUCAGAAGAUGAUUUUGUAAGAAAUUACUACAAACGGCAAAGCCGAGCCCCACCCAAAAGUGCCGAGGACAUUUACAGGGACUGGGUAAAACAAACUCAACGACAGGAGGAAAUGUAUGACGAGAUGAUCCGAAGAAACCAAGAAAAAAGACGUCAAGCAUACGAGGACUUAUAUAAAGAAUUCCAUCAGUACUCGUCACGAGGAAACACGAGGAGUAACCCCUGGGGGGACUAUAGGACACAACAGAAGUACUACCAUUAUCAUUCCAGUCCAAGACUGGGGAACAUAGUCUUCUCAAUGUUUUGGCUCUACAUCUCCAUAAAAUUGUUGAUCUUACUGAUAAUAGGUUCUGACUGAAGUAAUGGCACGAAGGUAUUGCUAUUUAUUGAAUUUUAUCAUAUCCCAUGGAUAAGGAAAUUAUUGGAAUGGAUUUUAAUGAAACUUGGAAAAAAGAAGUGAAACUUUUCUCUUGUGACAUUGAGAUACAUUUUUUAUUGCAGGUAUUUAUAACAGAUGUAAAAUGAAAGAUUAAAAAUAUUUUUUAUAACAGAAUUUUUUUAUGCAUGUUGUAUUUGUGCUGAACAAACUUCGAAGGACUAUAUUAUGUAAUGACCAAUAUCUGCCCCCCGAAUCAAUUUUUGAUGGAGAAAUCUAUAAUAAGUUCUAACCAGGGGGAUAACUGCAGACUUGAAAGAAAGCAUUACCUAAUUUCGUCAGCCAUGAUGUCAAGAGGAUGAUGUAAAUUCAAAAUUUUAUUGAUUUUGAGAGAAAAAAGUGUAUUUUUCAGACACCAGUAUUUUGAUUAAAAUCAUUAAGCACAGGUCUGUCCAUCUUGAUCUUUUGAUAUAAUGUGUAGAAUGAUUAUAUCAAUGAAAUAUGUGAAUAUUGUUCUGGGGCAAGCUUGUGCUCAGUAAAUUCUAUACUCAAAACUGAAUGAAUUUUGUCCAUUUUGUCCUCUUUCUUGAAAUAACAGAAAAACUUUGUGACAUCACAGAAACAAGAAUUGCCUAUAAUAUACUUCCAAACUAUAAUAAUUUUUGUCAUUUAAGAUAUUUCAUACAAUAUAUGAAAUUAUAACAUUUUUAAAGAUUUUUAAAAAAUUGGCUUUUAUAGGGGCAAAAAUAUGCUUUUACCUUGUACAGUUCUUUGGGAGUGUUUUGGAAUGGUGCCCACUAAAGUUACAUGAUGAAAAUGUUUCACUUUUAAUCAGUGUCUUUCCUUGGUACAAACUGAAGUGCUAUUCUUAAAUUUCAAGGAAAUACUAUUAUUGAUAUCCCAAGGAAUCAUGCAAAAAUAAGAAAUGAUACAGGAAGGUGUAUAUUUUACCCCACAUAUAAAAUUUUGUUCUCAACUUGGAAAAAUGCUAAGAGAUUUCUGAAACAUUUCAUAAAAACAGAAAAAAGACAGUGUGUGCAAUCCAUGCAGAUCUUUAAGUCAGGCACCAAUGAUAAGGGGAUCUAGAGAGACCUGUUUGAAUUAAUGUACUUUUUGAAGGUAUGCCACAUUCAAAGUUCUAAUCAAAACUGAAAUAAAAGUUCCACGAUAUAAAUAUUCAUGAGUAACGUUUGACCAAUGAUUUGAAGAGCUAAAGUACAUACACAACGUAGUUUCCAACUUUCUUCUUAUUUUCUGUAUAAUUGAAGAUUUUUUUUCCUUUGUACAAUUUUUAUUAUGCCUAAUGAUGCUUUACACCCUCCUCUAAAAUAAAAGAUAACUGCAAUGGGUCUUUUUCUGGUGUUUCUUUUGCUUUCAUACCUUAUUUCACUUUUGUAUACAUGUAUUUACUAAAGAAUUCUCUCAAUUCUCAAUUUGGCACCGAAUUUAAAUAUUAAAAUGAUUUUAGACUGUCAUACAAUAAAACAAUUAUAUGUU